AUGAAUCCAUCCGCAACAUUGCCCAAGGCCGCGGCCCUCCCCGCGCGUCUGCUACGGACAACACAACCAUGCUCGAAACAGACCUCCAGUCAGGGUGUUCGAUCGUCGGGUCAGACGCGAUGUUAUCACGCGACGAUCUCUGCUUCUCCGGCGAGAAGCCUGCGGGAAGGUAUCUCUAAGAAGAAAGACGGUAUCGCGCUCUCGGCUAAGACUUUUCACACGACUUCCCCUCUCUUGGCCAUCUCCGAUCCCUACAAAGUCCUCGGCGUGGAAAAAAAUGCGUCAGCGGGCGAUAUCAAGAAGGCCUACUACGGCAUGGCCAAGAAAUAUCACCCAGACACCAACAAGGACCCAACAGCGAAAGACAAGUUCUCGGAAGCCCAAACCGCCUAUGAAUUACUGUCCGAUGCCAAAAGAGAGAGAAUUACGACCGCUUUGGCUCGGCUGCUUUUGACCAGAAUGGUGGGAGGGUUCCAUGGUUUUGGUGGAGGAUUCGGGGGUGGCUUUGGCGGCGGCUUUUCGGGCGAUAUCAACUUCGAGGAUCUUUUUGGCGCCUUUACCGGAGGAGCACGCCGCGGACCUCGUGGUCGUCGCAACCCAUUUCAGGAACAAAUCUUGGUGGGUGAAGAUAUCGAAGUGCAGACCAACAUCUCGUUCAUGGAUGCCGCCAAAGGUGCAUCUCAGGAUAUUGUCAUCACUCCCUUGACACAGUGUGGGACCUGCAAAGGUGAUGGGUUGAAGCAAGGUUCCAAGCGGUCCCAGUGUCGCCAGUGCAAUGGGUCCGGUACCCGAGUUCACUUCAUGCAGGGCGGGUUCCAGGUGGCUGCAACCUGCGACUCCUGUGGUGGGACUGGAAUGACCGUCCCCCGCGGGUCUGAGUGCGGUGGUUGCCACGGAGCCGGUGUGGUUCGGGAUCGCAAGACAAUCCAGGUGGAUAUCCCUGGUGGCGUGGAGGAUGGCAUGCGGCUGAGAGUGGCCGGAGAAGGUGAUGCUCCUCCCACUGGGACCUCCACCGCUCCUGGUGCCCGGUCCCAGCGCGGUGAUCUGUAUGUGUCCAUCCGAGUCGCCCCGGAUCAUCGGUUCAGUCGCUCGGGCUCCGACAUUCUGUACACCGCGUCGAUUCCGCUCACCACGGCUCUUCUGGGUGGCGAGGCAACGAUCCCAACCCUCGAUAAUGAAGUCAAGGUCAAGGUGGCGACUGGUACCGGCACUGGUGAUCGGAUCACGCUUUCGGGAAUGGGCAUGAAGAAGCUCGGCGGCCGAGCCCGCAGUUUCAAUCCGACGGGCGAUUUGCGGGUUGAGUUCAAGGUCGCCAUGCCCAAGUACCUGACCGGCAACCAGCGGACCAUUCUAGAGGUCCUGGCAGACGAGAUGGGAGACAAAACGGCCAAACGGACCAUGAACUUCAGCAAGGAGAGUCCUCCUUCCGACUCGGACUCGAGCGACGCGCAUAAAGGAGAAGGGUUUCUGAAGUCUGUCUGGCACCGACUGACGGACAAGAACUGUGAUUCUUCCAAGUCCGAUGCCAAGGACCCGAAGGAUGCCGACAAGAGCGACACCAAGGAUGACUCGAAGAAGUCUUGA